CUAAGGUCUUAAAGAGAGGUGGCUAAUGAGGGUCUCAGAUUGGAGGAUCCCAAGUUUCCGCAAACUCACGGUUUCCGUUUCCCGCUGAAGCGCCCCCUUAAAAAAAAGUGCUUAAAUUUCUCUAAAAGACAAAGCCCCGAAAACUUAAGUUCCUUUACCACAACCCGCACUUCCUCCUCCCUCCCUCACUCCCUCCUGCUCUCCCUCCCCUGAUCUGCUGCUGCCAUGGGAGACACAGAACAGUCGGAUGCUGCUCCCUCUUCCCCGCCGGGACUGAGUGUUCUGAUCCCCGACAAGACAUUCUUAACUUCUCGGAAGGGACUGCUGCUGGUGGCUGAACUGGUUUUGUCCUUCAUCAUUUUCAUUUGCUAUUUGGCAUCAUCCAUGGCAGCUUUCAUGGCCGCUCCACUCAUCGAAUUCCUGCUGGCCCUUUCCGCCUAUUACGUGUACGUGACAAAGUACAUCGACCAUUUCCCAGGCUUCCACGGCCCUUUGAUCGAUUUCCUGCGAUGUGUAACUGCUGCUGUUAUUUUCUUCGCAAUCUCGAUUUAUGCCAUUACAAAAAGCGCAGCGUCUUCGAAAACAGCUGGAGUCUUUGGUUUCGUGGCCACAGUUGUCUUUGCUUUCGAUUUCUAUUACAUCAGCAGCCACCUGAUCAGCCUCAUAAACCCCCAGGACCUCCCCACCCACACCGCAACUAUCAAAAAAUCCACAGGUGAAGAGGAAGUGGCAGACUCAGAUUCUGAUUGAAACAAUGUGUAAAGAAGAUGAAGAAUUUUACAUUGUGCUUUUCUGCUGGUCACCCACCCCUUUGUGAUUCAUUUCUUUGUAUUAAGUAUAAAGCACAUUUGCACUGA